AUGCGACUUGGCCUCGUGACUUAUAACGGACUGAUCUCUUGUAUGAAUUGGUGCCCCGGAAGUUUUAAUAGACAAUUGAAGAGACUAGGCAUCCUCGCGGUAUGUUUUUCUAGCCCGGUGCUUUGUUUAUACCAUGUUCCCCAUCCUGAUCGUUUAAACUCGGCAAACUUGACUUUGACAUUUCUCUCUUUGCCGCCUCUUCGCGUGUAUAACAUUCAUGAAGGCGCCUAUUGCAGUUCACUUGCCUGGAAGUCAGUUCCAACUUUCAUAAAUAUUGCAGUGGGAACGGAUAACGGGAUAAUCACUAUUUUUGAUGUGUCUAUGGAGGACACAGACGGCAACAACGCUGUUUUUAUGAGGUGGUACGCUCAUGAAGGCCCUGUCACCUGCCUUUGCUAUUGCGAAAUGACUGAACACUUACUCUUGAGUGCUGGGGUCGACGGUAGUUUGCUCGUAUGGGAUGUGCGUGACGUCUCUUUUCCUCUUUUCCGUCAUGACUUUGGAAAUGCGCAAAUAUACGACUGCAUUUGGUCCAAAAAUAUCAAAGGGCCUUUAUGCUCGCUCUCCGAUGGAAGAGUCCUUUUUAUUAGCCUCUUAUUAAAAAAAGCAUUAAAAAUCGUAGAAGGAAAGGAAGUACUGAGAGGCAUUAGCUUCCCGCCCCUCCUUAAAACGGAACCUUUCGUUAUUCUUUGUUGUUCAGAAGGCGGGGAACUAUUUAUGACGUAUAUUCGUUCCAGAAAUAUACCCUUCCCCUAUUGUUCAAGUACAACUGCCUACUUGAGUAACAACUCAAAUUCGCCUCAAAACUGCGAGUCUCAAGAAAAAUUAUGGCCAGGAGUUAAAACUUUAUUAUCCAAUUCUUGGCGUGCUACGGACAUCUUGUACAUAUUCUCUGAUUGGUCGGAACCCUACGUUAACCAGCCAAAAGUGAAAAAGCACAUGCGAGAGCAACAAGAACCACAAGCAAUCCCGCCUGUUUUCGUGGCACUUCACAAAGUGAAAUACUGUCCGAGUAUGACGGACAAAAGCUGGUUUGCAUACGGCGGAUGGAAUGGAUUGGUUAGACUUCGAAACAUCACUUCUAUAAGUCGGCAAUUUAAAAUUAUUUAA